AAAAAAAAAAAAAGAAAAAAAACAGGAGAAAGAGUAUGAAAGAAUCAGAGGCAAUUACGCAAACCCAUCAUGAAAAUUGAUUUCAGUACACACCAUAUCUUUCUACACAAAUCGCUUUUUGGUCCGUCCUUCGAGUCUCGUCUCAGCAAUACAAUCAUCCAACAAACGCUUCAGCCAGUGCGAUAGAAAUAUAUAUAAACACAGCAUCUUUGGUCUCAAGUCAUCAUCAAUCAUCCACCUCCUCAGAUCCAAAUUGAACCAGAAAUCAACUGCCCAACUUCCCUUUUUCUAUUCCCUUACUUUUCUUUUGACCUCACUCAACUUGAUUGUUGUUAUAAGAGAGAAAAUUAUUGGUAUUCGAUGAUAUUGGGAAGUGGAUUGUGGAUUGCUUGGUUCGUUAAGUUGGUUUGUUGCUUCAACUUAGAAGAGCAUCAGGAGUAAAACCCAUGUCUGGAAGUUUGGCUCGAGUUGUGGUUCGGAAUUGGUCAGCAUUAUCUUGGAGAUAAAAAGGAGAUAGAAAAUGAGGAUGAGGAACAAAUACAGGAAACCAACCACUUUCCAUUGCAAUGCAGGAAGCAGAUGUUCUAUGUCUGCUGUGGUGUGGAGCUUGGUGGGAUUUCUGCUUUUCCUUCACUUAUACUCCCUUGUUAGCCACAAUGGUGGGAAAGAUGGGGAGAUCCAAUUCCAUUCAAGUCAUCACCCUCUUAUCCGUGAACUUGAAGAGGUGGAGGAGGAGAAUAUCCAAAUUCCUCCACCAAGGGGUAAAAGAUCUCCACGUGCUGCAAAACGGAGGCCUAAGCGAACAACUACACUGAUUGAUGAAUUUCUUGAUGAGAAUUCUCUACUCAGGCAUGUUUUCUUUCCUGGUAUGAAAAGUGCCAUAGAUCCAAUGAAUGAUGCUGGGAACAAUACCCUCUAUUAUUAUCCUGGUAGAAUUUGGUUGGACACUGAGGGAAAUCCCAUUCAAGCUCAUGGAGGAGGAAUUUUAUAUGAUGAAAUUUCAAAGACUUACUAUUGGUAUGGAGAGUAUAAGGAUGGACCUACUUACCAUGCACAUAAAAAGGGGGCAGCACGGGUUGACAUCAUUGGAGUUGGUUGCUAUUCCUCGAAAGACCUAUGGACAUGGAAAAAUGAGGGGAUUGUAUUGGCAGCAGAAGAGACAAAUGAAACACAUGACCUGCACAAGUCUAACGUGCUCGAGAGGCCAAAAGUGAUUUAUAAUGACAGAACAGGGAAGUAUGUGAUGUGGAUGCACAUUGAUGAUGCCAACUAUACCAAAGCUGCUGUUGGUAUUGCCGUUAGCGAUUCCCCGACUGGUCCUUUUGAUUACCUCCAUAGCAAAAGGCCUCAUGGAUUUGAGAGCAGGGAUAUGACCAUGUUCAGAGAUGAUGAUGGUGUCGCAUAUCUUAUAUACUCCUCUGAGGACAACAGUGAGCUUCACAUUGGACCGCUUACAGAAGAUUAUCUCGAUGUUACUGAUGUUAUGAGAAGGAUUCUUGUUGGACAACACAGGGAGGCUCCAGCACUAUUUAAGCAUCAGGGGACUUACUACAUGAUCACGUCAGGGUGCACUGGCUGGGCCCCGAACGAGGCUCUUGCCCAUGCAGCCGAAUCAAUCAUGGGUCCAUGGGAAACUAUGGGAAAUCCAUGCAUCGGAGGCAACAAGAUGUUUCGGCUUACAACUUUUUUUGCACAAAGCACAUUUGUAGUUCCUUUGUCAGGGCUUCCAGGUUCAUUUAUUUUCAUGGCAGAUCGGUGGAAUCCUGCUGACUUGAGGGACUCAAGAUAUGUGUGGCUACCUUUGGUAGUUGGGGGACCUGCUGAUCGGCCACUUGAGUUUAAUUUUGGAUUCCCAGUAUGGUCAAGAGUAUCAAUUUACUGGCAUAAAAAGUGGAGGCUUCCUUCUGUGUGGAGAGUGUAGAGGGUAGAAAUGACAGGUUUAUAUCUUAUAUUAGUGUAUCAUAUGUGAAUGUUCUUUUCUUAUUCUUUCACCAUUUUCAUUGUUAUUGCCUCCAUUAUCCAUAAAGCUUUUAUUUUCAUUAUAAA